GACGAUAUGCUGCUGCUGCGAGCAUUCCUGCUGGCGAUCGCCGGCGUCGCCGCGAGCGUCCACGUCCUUGGAGAUGCGAGCUUUGGCGCCGCCGUGGAAGACUCGUCCGACGCAUGGCUCGUCGACUUUUACGCGCCGUGGUGCCACUCGUGCCAGCUCCUCGACCCGGUCCUCGUCGACGCCGCCGACGCCACGGACGGCCUCUUGCGCAUCGGCAAAGUCGAUGUUACCGUGAACCCGCGCCUUGAAGCCCAGUUUGCAAUCGAGCGGUACCCGACGCUGCUCGUGCGCGACCCCAGCGGCGCCUGGAGCCCGUACAAGGGCGAACGCUCGGUGGACGCUUUCUUGGCGCUUGGCCGACGCGUUUCGGGGACGCCCGUGAAGACGGUUGCGACGGCUGCCGACGUCGACGCGCUUCUCACCACCGAAGCGUCGGUGCUAGUCUUUCUCCAUGCGUCGGACGCCGUCGGUGCCAAGCUGCAACCAGCGUACUACAGCGCUGCGACGGCCCUCCGCGGCCAGCACCUUUUUCUCGAGCUGCGCGACUCGACCUCUCUCGCUAGCUCCCCCUACUUCUCUACACUGCCCUCGACGGGGUCGUUUGUGGCGCGUGUCGACGCGACGGGCGACGUGGCAUUGUACGAUUCCACGACACUGGCCUUGAAGACGUGGCUGCAAAAGCACGGCCAUCCCAAGUUUGUGGCGCUUGGGCGGGAGAACCUCAUGGCGAUCGGGAAGGCCCAUGCGCUUCUCGUGGUUGCGUGCGUCGAGGAUGCGACCGACGCGAGCUUUCUGCACCUCGUGUCGAAAGUCGCGUCGCAGACGACCGCCGACAUUGCGUUCGGGUACCUCGAGGCGACCAAGGUUCGCGCCUACCUCAAGCGCUUCUACGUCGCGACGUUCCCAACGUACUUUGUCUGGAACAUGCACACCAACGUGUUUUACGAAGCGCCGAGCGGCGCCAUCACGCCCGAGAGCCUUCACGCGCACCUCGCCCGCAUUGCGUCGGGCGCGGAGAAGGGCAUUGCACUGGGUCUCACUGGGUACCCGUACCACGCGUACCGCUUCGUCGUUGACGCCGGCCUCGACGUGGUUGUCGGCGUUGCGCUCAUCGUGCUUGCUGCAGCCGCAGCGUGGCACCGCGCGCGCGCCAAAGAAGAUGCGCGCAUGCGGGCGGAAGCCCUCGCUGCGUACGAGCGGCUUAAAAAGGAGGCCUAGUCGCCUGGCCUCGAUAGCCCUAAUCUCGAUUUUAACCUACCCCUUGGGCAUCUAAAGGUGUUCUUAC